CCUGCUUAUCCCAGACAGCGGAGGUAGAGAGAGAGAGAGAGAGAGAGAGAGAGGGAAAGAAUGUGUGUUUCUAAUUAGCUACAUCAGUCUUCACUUCUCUCUUUUGCGCACGCUACAUGGACACUUGAUAUACAGCUUUGUAACAGAUGACGCUUUUCCUCCAGCUGUCAUGUUAGAAUCUCGUUGUUAGUGUAAAGAACAGGAGAUCAGAUAAACCAACCAUGGGAAAAGGCUACUACAUCAGUAAACAACUGGCCAUAACAGCUGUCCUGCUUGCUGCUGUAGCUGUAAUCACCAUAAUUGCACUAUCUAUAGUUUACUCUAAAGAAAAGGCCAAAAAUGAACUCAUGCUCAACAAUGGGACAACAUCACCUGCAUCUCCCACUUCACCACCAUCCAACGAACCCUGGGACAAAUACAGACUUCCUGACACCUUAUCUCCUCAAUAUUACAAUGUCACGCUGUGGCCUCGGCUCACCGUGGACAGUCAGGGCAUGUACAUUUUCACUGGUGAAUCUGGAGUGGCUUUUACAUGUGUCAGAGAGACAGAUUUGAUCCUGAUUCAUUGCCACAAGCUGAACUUGACGCUUUUCGAGGGGCGGCAUGCGAAGCUGCUGGGAAUGCAUAACACUGAGGCUCCGGCCAUUAGAAAAACCUGGUUCCAAGAGGAAACCCAGUACUUAGUGAUCCAGCUGGAGGGGACAUUAAAGCCAGAAAAAGUCUACUGGCUUUAUACAGAGUUCAGAGGUGAGCUGGCUGACGAUCUGGAAGGCUUCUACAGGAGUGAGUACGAGGAGAACGGUGUCAAAAAGGUGCUCGCCAUCACUCAAAUGCAGGCCACGUCUGCUAGAAAAGCUUUUCCCUGCUUUGAUGAGCCAGCCAUGAAGGCCAUAUUUCACAUCACUCUCAUUCAUGAGCCAGGAACUGUUGCACUAUCAAACAGUCAAGAUAUAGGUUCAGAAAGCCUUAAAAUGACUGGGCAUGAUGUUAUUAGGACUAGAUUUGAACCCACAAAGAGGAUGUCUACAUAUCUUGUUGCUUUCAUUGUCUGUGAAUUUACAUACACCAGCAAACAAAAAGAUAACAAGGAUGUGAUGGUUCGUAUAUGGGCAAGGAAAAACGCCAUUGAAGAAGGCCAAGGAGACUACGCCCUCAACAUCACACAGCCAAUACUAAAGUUUUUUGAGAAGUAUUACAAUGCUUCCUAUCCUCUCUCUAAGUCAGACCAGAUUGCACUGCCUGAUUUCAAUGCUGGAGCCAUGGAGAACUGGGGACUCGUCACUUACAGAGAGACAGCACUUCUAUUCGAUCCCCAAACCUCAGCCAAUGGCAACAAACAGAGGAUUGCAACUGUGGUGGCUCAUGAGCUCGCUCAUAUGUGGUUUGGAAAUCUUGUGACACUAAAAUGGUGGAAUGAUCUGUGGCUGAAUGAAGGUUUUGCAUCAUACGUAGAGUACCUUGGUGCAGACUAUGCAGAGCCUACUUGGAACAUGAAAGACCAGAUCAUACUGUAUGAUAUUUACCGUGCGUUUGCUGUGGACAGCCUGGUGUCCUCCCACCCUCUGUCCUGCAAAGAGGAGGAGGUCAAUACACCAGCAGAAAUCAGCCAAAUGUUCAACACCAUCUCUUACAGCAAGGGGGCUGCGGUGCUCAGGAUGCUCUCUCAGUUCCUCACUGAGACUGUCUUUGCCAAAGGACUUAGUACAUAUCUAAAUCAGUUUGCUUUUGGGAGCUCUACAUAUUCUGACCUUUGGGAUCAUCUUCAGAAUGCAGUUGAUAAAACUCCGCAUCUGAAAUUGCCGCACAGAGUCCAUGACAUCAUGAACCGUUGGAUUCUUCAAAUGGGUUUCCCAGUCAUCACCAUUGACACCCAAACUGGGAAUGUGAGCCAGAGGCACUUUCUCCUGGAGCCAAACUCAGUGGUAGAGCGAUCAUCUGAAUUCAAUUAUGAGUGGUUUAUUCCAAUCAAAUGGAUGAAGAGUGGUGUAGAACAGGAGCAACUCUGGCUUCUUCAAAAAUCAGCUAUGCAUAAACCACUUAAAGCCAGAAAAGAGGACUGGGUUUUGGCAAAUCUAAAUGUUUCAGGGUAUUACAGAGUCAAUUAUGAUAUUGAGAACUGGAAACGACUACUUGAUCAGCUGACAACCAACCACCAGAAAAUCCCAGUCAUUAAUAGAGCACAGAUUCUGGAUGAUGCCUUUACUCUAGCAAGGGCAUCUAUCAUAAAUGUAACACUUGCUCUAAGAACGACUAAAUAUCUGUCAAUGGAGAGAGAGUACAUUCCGUGGGAAGCAGCUCUCAGAAGCCUCAGCUCAUUAUUUGAAGUGUUUGAUCGCAAUGAGGUUUACGGACCGAUGCAGACCUACUUGCGAAAACAAGUCAAGCCUCUGUUUGAUCAUUUUACUUCUGUAACUGCAAAUUGGACGACGGUGCCUGCAGGCCACACUGAUCAAUUCACACAGAUCAUCGCACUGUCACUUGCGUGCAGUACAAGAGUGCAGGAAUGCAGGGAUCUCACCAAGGGCUGGUUUAGACAGUGGAUGCAGGAUCCUGAACACAAUAGGAUUCACCCCAACCUGAGGUCGACGGUGUACUGCAAUGCCAUCGCUGCAGGAGGAGUGGAGGAAUGGGACUUUUGUUGGAAGAUGUUUAAGAAGGCCACAGUAGCAGCUGAGGCAGUCAAACUGAGGUCAGCUUUAUCCUGCACAAAACAGCCAUGGCUGCUUAACAGGUUCCUUGAAUACACUCUGGAUCCUGAAAAGAUUCGCAAACAGGACGCGACCUCUGUGAUAGGAUCAAUUGCCAGCAAUGUGGUCGGCCAGCCUCUGGCAUGGGACUUUGUCAGAGCGCGAUGGGAGUACCUUUUUAAAGUGUACGGAACAGGAUCAUUCAGCUUCUCCAGGUUAAUAAGUGACGUCACUGCCAGAUUCUGCACACCAUUCGAGCUACAUCAGUUAAAACAGUUCCAAAAGGACAACGCGGACAUAGGCUUUGGCUCGGCCUCACAGGCUCUGCAGCAGGCUAUUGAGAAGACAACAGCCAGGAUAAAAUGGCUGGCGGAGAACAAGGAGCAAGUUCUGAAGUGGUUCAUCUCUGAGACAGCAUGAACUGCACAGCACUAAACAACCUCGACAGCCUUACAAACUCCAUUCACAACAUUUACAGGAGCGGAAUCCAUGGACCGUCACAUUGGCAUGAACAUCCAGGCAUAUCAGCAUAUUCACAGCAAUUCAUAAUGGAUUUGAAUUGUAUUUCCAUUAUUAAGGGUGGUUGUUAUAAAUGGGCUAGCAGCCCCCAUUCUUUCAAAAAUAAAGACAUAAGUAUAAGCUUUUUUCCCAUCCACAUCAGAUUAUAUGCUGUUAACCCAGUAGAGCAUUACAAACUCGAAAUGCUAAAAAAACCAAACAAAAACUAAAAUCACUAAUGCAGCUGCCUAUCUGCCUUUAAGUAAGUGUGUGUAUGUGUGUGUGUGUGUGUGUGUGUGUAUGUGUGUGUAAAAGUUUGUACCACGUCAUUCUUAUUAUUGCCAUCGAUUAGAUCUGGUGAUAUAAUGCAUUACUCCUUCCUAAUAAUUUCAUCGCCAAGUUAGACCAGCCAGUACUGUCUUUCACAAACACUGGACUCUCUUAAAAUAUAACAAUUCUUUGCAUUUUAAAUUGCAAAAAUGGUUAAAUGAAGCUCCUACAAGCCAGUAAAAAUGACUGCUAUUUUUGAAUAAACAUAUUCAAUCAGA